UUUAACAUUAGGGUUUUUAUAAAAAGCCAUAAAUAUAAGUUCAAUAAUAAUGGAGAUGGAAGAAGGAUUAGUUGUAAGAGGGAGGGUGGAGAUCGAUAUGCGACGGCCAUUCAAUUCAGUAAAAGAGGCCGUCAUGUUAUUCGGAGAAAAAGUUCUGGCCGGAGAAGUUUAUGCCGGUCAGAAGCUCAAACAGACUGAGAUCGUAUUAGAAAGGGAAAAGAACAACCAAUACCGAACAAAAGUUGGAGCGAUAGCAGCAGAGCUCAAAGAGACAAAACAGACCCUAGAGAAAGCAAAAGAGGAAGACACAUGUAUGGCUUACUACCUUGCAUCGCUCAAGCAAGAGCUUGAAGAGACAAAAUCCGAACUCAAACAAUUAAAAUCGAGAAGAGAACCUGCCGCCUAUCAUCAUCUCAUGAAACAGUCAUCACCCGUUGAUAGGGAGAUAGAAGAGAUCAAGGUCAUUGAGAAUAAUCCAAAUAACUCCAUGAUAAACCAUCCAGAAAUUGAGGAAAGCAGCGACGAUGAAGAAGAUGACAACGACUACUCACGAUUGGAAAAGAAGAGAUCCGUCAAGUUUGCUAGUCCUUCCUCUUUAACCAAAGUUAUGGUUGAAGCUCAUCCCAAAAUGCAAGAAACAAGUCCUGCAUCACUCAAGAAGAAGGCACAAAGAAAGGCCUUGAUUCCUUCACUUGGUGGGAUUUUCUCUAGAAAAAAAGUUGGUCAAUCUCUAAAGACAUCCAAAUCUUUCAAAUGAAGAAUUGUUUUUUUUUUUUUUUUAUCUUUCUUUCUUAUGCAAUUCAAAAUCAAUUGUUAUGGUUUUGAUCA